AUGCCGCCUCGAUCUUCUUUGACGUCCUCUUUCUCUAUUACAGACUCCAACAAUGAGGUAGUCUGCCCUCUUCGCAACCAAGAUGGCUCCAGCUGUCGCAAGAGGUGCAUUGGUGAAAAACGAUAUCGCUCCAUGCAGGAGCAUAUCCGCCGCGCGCAUCCCGAGCAUUACAUUUCGAAGCUGCCAGCUACCGAGGAGAGUUUCUUGUUGAUGAUCAACACUCCACCAUCGGAGCGCCGUCCUCUUGAUCAGACCUCAGCCCCAAAUGCUCAGGGUUUGUCUCACUCUCAUUCAAAUGUGCCCCCGCCCAUUGACCACCUUCAAGUUUUUCAUGAGCGACACAACUACCAUCGCGACGAGUCGAGUAAUCCAGGCACUCCGCGCCUCAUAGAUGACUUCACUAACGGUGGGCCGGUGUCUGGCCCGAUGUUGGGUACUGCCAACGCAGCGGCAGCACUGGCCGAACUCCAUGGCGUCAAAAGUGAGCGUGACAUGGACAUGGACGGUGAAUAUUAUUCAGAUAUGGACGUUCGACGUAGACCACGAACUUCUAUUGAACUACCGCCACUCAAUCUUCCAAAUCACGACAUUACGAGUGAUCCUUAUUCCUCUACAAAAUCUAACAGACAGCGCGACUUUCUCCCUUCCAUUCUUGCAAACUCGCCUCCUGGAAGAUCAUCUACACUCCCGCCUCUUCAACGCCCCAUAGGCCCUAAUCGUCCUCGUAAACAAUCAGUAACGAAGAGAGGAAGGGAAGCCCAUCAUAAGAAGAAGAAUUCAAAGGGAACAGCAAAUGAUUGGCUACGUCGAAUACAAAACGAAGAGCGAUAUAGACCGGGCAAUGAUCGGAAAGCUCUUUCAGCUGAGCCGUCUGCGGACUUUGGGAAACGAUGGGAGGAUUUGAUUGACGCAGCUGACCAAGCGGCUUCUGCUGCUGGUGAUAUUGACGAAGAUCGCACUCCUGUUCCCCAAUCUCCAGUUUCAAUGCAUAGGUCAUCAUUGCCGCCCUUCUCUCAACAGCCUCAAUUUCAGCCGGCAAGCUACCAGGCCUCGCCUCUUCAGCAGGCACUUACACCUCCUUCCUAUGGCCAGGAUGCUGUGGAGCCCUUUCCUUCCGUCGAAAGUGGUGAAAGUGGCGAGAACUUUCAUAUGGGGACCCGGGGGCUUUCUGAUUCGUCACCGACAUACUCGGCUCAAAACAUUCAGAUAUACUGCGCUGCCUGUCAAGGAUUUUCUCUACUCAAAGAUUCUUAUGCAUGCACCGAAUGCAUUUGCGGCCUUUGCCCAACUUGCGUAGAGGUUCUUAUGACAGACCAUGGAGCAAGAAGGAAGUGUCCCCGCUGUGCUACAAUUGGCGGGCGGUUCAAGCCUUUCCAGCUCGACAUCAGAUAA